ACGAUAAAUAAAAAUAAAUCAAAAUGGGGAAAAUGAAAAAAAAGGGAGAAAGUGGUUCAGCUACAAAUUAUAUCAAUAGAAAUCAAGCAUUGAAAAAAUUGCAACUAAGUUUGCCAGAUUUCCGGAGAUUAUGCAUUUUAAAAGGGAUUUAUCCUCGUGAACCAAGAAAUCGUAAGAAAGUUGGCAAAGGAAGUACUGCUUACAAAACAUAUUACUACGUCAAAGAUAUACAAUUUCUAGCACACGAGCCUGUGCUAAAUAAGUUCAGAGAGUUUAAAGUUUUUGUUAGAAAAUUAAAACGUGCCAUUGGUCGACAAGAAUUUAGUGAUGCUGAUCACUUAGAAGAAAAUAAACCAACAUAUACACUUGAUCACAUUGUUAAAGAAAGAUAUCCAACUUUUAUAGAUGCGCUGAGAGAUUUGGAUGGUGCUCUUUCUAUGAUAUUUUUGUUUGCUAGGUUACCUCAAACUGAUAAAAUUGAGAUGGAUGUCGUUAAAAAGUGCAAACGUUUAAGUGUUGAAUUUCAACAUUACAUUAUUUCGUCAAGAUCACUUAGAAAGGUAUUUAUAUCUAUCAAAGGAAUUUACUUUCAAGCAGAAAUUCAACGACAAACUGUAACAUGGGUUACACCACACAGCUUUACACAAGAGCUUCCUGAUGAUGUUGAUUUCCGUAUUAUGCUUACUUUCAUUGAGUUUUAUACAACGAUGUUAGGCUUUGUAAAUUUUCAACUAUAUCAUACACUAAACCUCCAAUAUCCUCCUCAGCUAAAAGUAAAUAACAAUGAAGGAGGAACGACUGAGUUUUGCCAAGAUAUUGAACUAUAUGAUGAGAGUUUAGCAGCAUUAUCAUGCAGUUUAAAAUCUUCGAUUGAAGUUGUUGAUGAAGCUGAAGAUUUUGAUGUGUUUCCAACAGAAGAUGGGAGUAAAGAGUCAGAUUUACAAAAACAAGAAGCAGAGGAGGCAAAGAAUGAGAAGAAUUUGUUGUCUUUAUUUUCUUCCAUGAAAGUUUAUUUAUCAAGAGAAGUUCCUAGAGAUGCUCUCGUUUUUAUUUUAAGGUCCUUUGGCGCAUCUGUGUCUUGGGAUAAGACAGUAGCCGUUGGCUCAACUUUUACAGAAGAUGAUGAAUCAAUUACGCAUCAAAUAGUUGAUAGACCAAUUAUAAAAAAUCAAGUAUUAUCCAGACAUUAUCUCCAACCUCAAUGGGUCUUUGAUUGUGUAAAUGCACGUAAACUUUUGCCCGUUGACGACUAUGUACCAGGUGCAUUGUUACCGCCACACCUUUCACCUUUUGUAGAAGAAAAAGAGGGUGAUUACAUACCACCCGAAAGAAGACAAAUGAUUGAAAUGGAGAAAGAACUUUUAAAGAAAAAUGCAGAGGCUGAAGAAGAAAUAGUUUCAGCAGGUGGUAAACGCAAAGCAGAAUCAGACACUUUGACUGCCGAAGAAAAGAAAUUAGCAGUAUCUAUGCUUCCCAGGAAAAAGAAAGCUUUAUAUGAAAAAAUUAUGCAUUCUAAAAAAAGAAAGGCAUCACAGGUUCGUAAACUGGAUGAUAAACGCAAACUUCACGAUGAGGCACAACUACGAAAAAAAAAAGAUAAAGCAAAAUAAUUUCUUUUUGAUGAUUUUUAAUAAAUUUUAUAAAAACAA